AGAAGAGUAGACAAUCUUUUGAGUCAAAACAUAACUCUUGCCAAAACCUUGAGUUGUGAUUGGUCGAAGCACGUCAUUUUUCUCAUAUUUCCACAACAUUUGAAUUUUCUUUUAUUACAUACAUUCUUUCUUCGUAGUAUCGUUACACUUCACUGAAAUCAAAUCAAAUCACAUUCAAUUUUUCGCAUUUAAUCAAAUCAAUGUGCGUUUACAAUUAAAACACCCAAACCCCUUUACUGUUUUUCCAUUGUUUUCAACGCUGGAUUCCUCUCAAUCAACCAUUUGAAUGGUCAAUUUUUCCCCUCAAAUUUCACAAAUUGUUGCUUCAAUUCAUCGCUCAAAUUGCUCAAAUUCGCCUAAAAUCGCAAGUCUAAGUGUGAAGCAAAAAUUGGGGUUUUAAUGGAUGGGAAGAAGAAGAGUGAGGGUGGAAUCAGAUGGCGAUGGGUGACAAUGGUAGCUUUAAUGGCGAUUAUUCUUGCAAUGAGUACAAAAUCUAGUUGGAAAUCCAAUCGUUGCAAACAGCAGGAGUCAUGUAAAUUUACGGGAAUGGUGGAGGAUUGUUGUUGUGAUUACGAGACAGUAAGUGUUCUAAAUGAAGAAGUUUUGCAUCCUUUGCUGCAAGAGCUCGUUACUACACCUUUUUUCAGAUACUUCAAGGCUAAAUUAUGGUGCAAUUGUCCAUUCUGGCCUGAUGAUGGGAUGUGCCAAUUACGUGAUUGCAGUGUCUGUGAAUGUCCUGAAAAUGAAUUCCCAGAAACUUUUAGAAAGCCAUCAAAUGUCCUCAGGAAAGAAGAUUUGAUGUGCCAAGAGGGGAAACCCCAAGCUAUAGUUGACCGAACACUAGACAAAAAGGUGUUCAGAGGCUGGGCAGAGGUUGAUAAUCCGUGGACAAGUGAUGAUGAGACUGAUAACAGUGAAAUGACCUAUGUAAACCUACUGCUCAACCCAGAACGUUAUACGGGCUAUACAGGUCCUUCAGCCAGGAGAAUAUGGGAUGCGAUAUAUUCAGAAAAUUGCCCAAGAUAUGCAUCGGGAGAGAUGUGCCAAGAGAAGAAGGUUCUUUACAAAUUGAUUUCUGGUCUGCAUGCAUCUAUUUCAGUUCACAUUGCUGCAGAUUAUCUCCUUGAUGAAGCCACCAACACGUGGGGACAGAAUUUUGACAUAAUGCAUGAUCGAGUUUUGAGACAUCCAGAACGUGUUCGAAAUUUAUAUUUUGCUUUCCUUUUUGUGCUCAGAGCUGUAACAAAGGCAUCAGACUAUUUGGAGCAAGCUGAGUAUGACACUGGUAAUCAUGAAGAUGACUUAAAAACUCAGUCCUUACUGAAACAAUUGCUUUAUAAUCAGAAGCUUCGUGCUGCAUGUCCACUUCCAUUUGACGAAGCUAAGCUGUGGCAAGGGCAAAGUGGGCCUGAAUUGAAGCAGCAGCUUCAAAUGCAGUUUAGAAAUAUAAGUGCAUUGAUGGAUUGUGUGGGGUGUGAAAAGUGUAGAUUAUGGGGUAAACUACAAGUUCUUGGUCUUGGCACAGCGCUGAAGAUCCUACUUUCAGUCGAGGGUGACAACCAUUUAAAUCAAUCUCUGCAAUUGCAAAGGAAUGAAGUGAUUGCACUGGUAAACCUGCUUAACCGGCUUUCGGAAUCAGUCAAACUGGUGCAUGAAAUGGCACCUUCUGCUAACAAGAUAGUUGGCCAAGUUUUAGAACUUCCCUCUCAUGAAGUCAGCACACUACAGAGAAUAUGGCAGUCAGUGAACAAUCUAAGGUCAAAGAAAUCUUCAUGAUGUGAUAAAAUCUUCAGCGGCAAUUUUGUUUUGUCCAUCAUUAAGCUGAGUAGAGUUUGUAGUUAUAAGAAUAUACAUGUUGUAAAGAAUUUUCCAAAAUUUGUACAU